GAUUAUCUGUGGGGAUUCUUGAGCCUCGACCAACUUUCUGCUCUUCUGCCCAUCGAUUCACAGAUUGGUUCCACAUCUCUUCACUCGUAUUAUACUCUCCAUUCCGUGCAAGGACGGGACACACGAGGAGAGAGCAGAGAGAACAGAGAGAACAGAGAGAACACCAGAAAGUGCAAAUACCUGCUUGGUGCAAUCUACAUCCAUCCCCGUCUAGGUACACCUAUCGCACUUCGCUUCGUAUAUACGUAUGUACAUAUAUACAUACACAUACCUAGCGCGUAUAUACAUAUCUACAUACCUACAUACCUACAUACACACACGCUUUCUCGUCGCGAAUUGCCAGAUCAUAUGACUGCAUCUAUUGUACGAGAGAGGAAAGAACUAUCUACCAACCAGACCCAACCAAUCUCCAAAGCAAAGCUAUCUCCAAACUCCAAAGUCCUCGACCCAGAACCUGAGCCAGAGCCAGAGCCAGAGCCAGAGCCAGGGGCUUCAUCGAUAUCGUGUUUCCAAGACUAAACCAACCUUCUUCUCUCCUAACUCACCCUUCGAGAACAAUACACGCAACCCUUUUAUCGGAAAAAAGACAAGGGUCGCCAACUAUUUGGUAAAUCUUAUUCCGAUUAAUUGUCUAUUAUUGCUUGGAAGAAACGAAGACCAAUUGAUAGAAGAUUACGGGUCAUAGCUCUUUCCCAAGAUCCAUUUAAAUCAUGGACAACCGUACCCAUCCACUGUUAGCGCAGGUACCUCUAACGGUCUCACCGUUUGUCUCUCUUCCUACUGCGACUACUCUCCCAUACACAUAUAAAACUCUUCCCUCAACGUUGCCACCAUCAUCUACGGCAGCUUCAGCCUCGUCCAGCGACGGGAGAUCUCAGUACGUUGUAUCAUCGUCGGGCCAUGCAGCACAUCCAGAUGAGAUUAUCUCAUCUUGCAAAGCACUUCAAGCUUAUAUACAGAAAGUACAAGACGAUGCAGACAGAGAGUUGAAGGCGUGGGAAGAUGCGAUAGCUGCAAGAGAAUUAGCAGAGAAGCGUAGAGUAGCUCCCGGAUGGCUGGACAGUGAUGCUCGAAUACUGGAGCCAGAGAAGAAGACAAUUGCAGGAGGUGAAAACCUCAUGGAUGUUGAUGUAUCAAAUAAUGAUGCUUCACGCCUCGCACAAACACCCGUGGCUGUACCAAGUCAAGAAGGUGACGAACUCGAUAGAGCGUUUGGAGGAAUGGGAUUAAAUAAAUCAUGAUUAUGAGACGACUAUCAAAAGACCCAAAGAUAAUUAAUAUACCAGAUACUACCCUUA